CCCAGGCCCCGCCCCCACCUGGCCAGGCGCUGCUUGCAGGCAGUGUGGUAGAGUGCAGUGCGGGGAGAGCAGCACAUCCUGCCCAGCAGGGUCAUCCAGCCCCGGGGGAAGCGGACUUCUGUGUUAUCCAUAGGGUGGAGGGCACACACCGGCCCCGCUUUACCCGUGCAUCACGGAGAGGACGUGACGGAAUAUAAGACGCUGUGUACGGAUGAGCCCCGGACCGCUCUGUGGUCGCACCUGCGGCGCGCUGAGUGACUUGUCAUACUCCUAACACUGUGUGGUGGUGCCAGGAGAACAGCACGUGACCACUGAGGCCAUCGGAUUCCAGACUCUGCCGUAAGAACGAACAUGUUGCAAUCUCCACGCAGAAUAUCUCCGGACAGAGAUUCCUUAAUGUGAAUGAGCCCUUAAGACCAGGCUGCUGACCAGAGGUGAUCUGACAUGGGUAACUCUUAUGCAGGACAGCUGAAAUCUGCCCGGUUCGAGGAAGCUCUUCAUAAUUCUAUAGAAGCCUCCCUAAGAUGUAACAGUGUUGUGCCAUGUCCAGUAUUCUCCCAACUUUAUUUAAAUGCAGAAAACUCUACUUUCUCUGCAGAUGGUGUUGAUGUAAAACCAAAAGUUGAGGAACUUGAAAAGGAUUUUGCUCAGAGGUACACUCAGAAUGGCAGCCUGGACUUCUCGAACAGUCAGUCCAUGUGUGAAAUGGAUGAUGACGAUGAGGAAGAGGACACAUCCGAUUCAAGUAGUCCUCCUUUGCCAUAUGCACAAAAACCUGCCCCAGAAGGUUCUUGUACUAUAGAUGGGUUCUGCCAAGCAGGGAAGGAUUUACGAUUAUCUUCACUCAGUAAAGAGCAAAUUGAAGUUCCACCAGGCUUUCUUUUGGUUGGAGUAAAGACUCAGAGUCUCCCUGAACAUAUUCUUGUCUGUGCAGUUGAUAAAAGAUUUCUCCCUGAUGAUGAUGGAAAAAAUGCACUUUUAGGUUUCUCUGGAAAUUGCAUCGGCUGCGGCGAGCGUGGUUUUAGGUAUUUCACAGAGUUCUCCAAUCAUAUUAACCUAAAGCUUACAACUCAACCAAAGAAGCAAAAGCACUUAAGGUAUUAUAUUGUGAGGAACUCCCAAGGAGCACUCUGCAAAGGGCCACUUAUCUGCUGGAAAGAGCCUCGAAGUCGACCAUUCCCUACCCCAACUGUAAAGCCAAUUACUUCUGUCUCUAUGACAUCUGAGAAUGAAAACAGUAAUGGAUACAAAUCUGGAUUCUUACAUUCAGAAAUGCAAUCUUAUGUCUCAGCCAAAACAUCUACUGCUCUUACUUCAAGUACUCCUCAAGAUCUGUCUCGAAAUAAGGGUAUUGUGAAGCCACUACCUCUACCUGUCCAUGCUGUAGGAAAAACUUUUCCUGCUGCAUCUAUUUCAAUCCAAGCACCAGAGAUCACCAAUGGUGCCAUGAAUGGAGGAAGAGUCACAGUACUAAAUUCAGCUCCAUCUCAGCCACUUGCUCACUCAACUUCUCCAAGCCCAGGAUGCAUUGUGGGCGAUAGUGGGGUAACUUUUUCUGGCCCACCAAAGAAAAGGCACAGAGGAUGGCCACCUAGCUCCCCAGUUCAAGCACCAGUAUUGUCAUUUCCUUCACCUCCAGUUCGGCCAAUCACAAGACCAGCCUCUUUGUCACAGCCUAUUUUAGUUGGUGUUUUCCAGCCGCAACCAAUUCCAGCUGGAGAAACUGUAAUUGUGCCUGAAAAUCUGCUAAAUAACUCAGGUGUACGGCCUGUAAUAUUGAUCGGUUAUGGAGCAUUGCCAUACUUCUAUGGAAAUGUUGGGGAUAUUGUUGUAAGCCCCUUGUUGGUGAAUUGCUACAAGUUACAGGAAUUGGAGAAGAAGGAGCUGGAUCAGAUGGGAGUGUCCAGCAGUCAAUUCCUCAGUGUGGAAAAUCUGAUUCUUCUGACUAUCCAGUACCUUGUGCGACUUGGUUCAGAUCAGAUACCGAUUCGUGAAGUUUUUGAACAAAUUGUGCUGAAAGCAUUGCAGGAAUUUACUUAUAAAGAUCGCUCUAUGCAGUUGAACUCUCCCGCAAUGUCUGUGUCUCAAGCUCAGCUUCCAUGGCUGGCCCGCUUGUCAGCCAGUGUUUCUCAAGAUUUGGUUCAUGUCCUUGUUACACAGAACUCGUUGGCAGAGGGCAUCUCUGAGACCCUUCAUUCUCUGAGUGAUAUGAAACCGCAGCAGAAACUUCCUGACUAUGUAGUAGCAAUCUGCUGUUCAAAGGUGCGAGGAAAUGAAUUUUGUGUGAUUGCACUUGGAAAAUAUCAGUCCCGGGUUCUUGCUGAGAGUAUGCUGACAACAAGUGAAUUCUUGAAGGAAAUUAGCUAUGAGCUGAUAACAGGCAAAGUCAGCUUCUUGGCCUCACACUUUAAAAACACAUCUAUGGGUGAUGAUUUGGACAAGCUUUUGGAGAAGAUUCAAAGAAAGAGAGGAGAUAAUGUUAUUAUACCUUUUAAUGGAGAUGUAAAAGAAUGUGUCUCAUCCCUGGAAGCAGCCGGCAUGAUUCCUACACUAGGCAAAAGUAGUGGCUGCAGCACAGACAGCUUCCAGAUAUGUCAGUCUCAGCUGAUGGUUGCUCGGAAGCUUCUGUCCCAGGUGUGUGCCAUUGCAGAUAGUGGAAGUCAGUGUCUUGAUCUGGGCCGCUUCAGCAAAGUUGACUUCCUAAUUGUCAUUCCUCGAUCUGAAGUACUGGUACAACAGACCCUGCACAGAAUUAGACUUUCAGGGGUUCUAGCAGAUUUGGGCCUAGAGGAGUCGGCAUUUGCAAAUCAGAGAGCUGACAAAUAUGUUCUUCGACUUGAUGGGGAUGUCCAAGCCAAAUUUGACGCGUUCAUGAGAAAAGUGAAGCAAAAUCCUUAUACACUGUUUGUUCUUAUACAUGACAAUAGUCAUGUGGAUCUAACAAGUGCAUUGUCAGGAACACUGCCUCAUGGAGAUCCCAGCCAGGGGCUUUCUGACCGAAUUAUUAAUAGUUUGGAAGUGCAGGAAGCUCUGAAUCUCAUUGUGCUGCAAGUUAGUGCCUUCCCUUAUGCCUUACAGACACAGCAGUCUAAAAUCAGCUCCAGUAAUGAGGUGCACUGGAUUCAGCCAGACUUGGUGGAAGAUCUAGCCAAUGAUGACAAGGUUUACUUUGGUAUCAAUGAAUACAGUAAAUCUCUUCAGUGGGGUAUAACAAGUCCACUACUUAGAUCUGAUGAAACAUUUGAGAAGAUGGUGAACACCCUUUUGGAAAGGUACCCAAGGUUACACAGCAUGGUGAUACGAUGCUACCUCCUCAUUCAGCAGUAUUCUGAAGCUCUUAUGGCGUUAACUACCAUGACGUCACUCAGAGAUCACACUACACCAGAGACAUUGAGCAUCAUGGAUGAUCUCCUCAGCUCUCCUGAAAAGGACAAAAGUGGACAAGGUCACAUGCUCCUUGUCCGGAUUCCUUCAGUACAGCUGGCAAUGUUGGCAAAGGAAAGACUGCAGGAAGUGAGAGAUAAACUAGGACUUCAAUAUCGUUUUGAAGUGUUGCUCGGUAAUCCUGCUUCCGAACUGUGUCUUGCUAAGCACUUUGUUUCCAGGUUAAAGGUCUGGAGGGGAUGUGAUCAAGAAGACUGGGUUCCUAGAACAUAUAAGGAUCUUGAAGGCCUACCUUGUAUCUUGAUUCUCACUGGCAAGGAUCCCCUUGGAGAAAAUUUCCCAAGAUCUCUGAAAUAUUGUGAUCUUCGCCUGAUUGACUCCAGUUUUUUAACCCGAACGGCUUUGGAACAGGAAGUUGGCCUGGCCUGUUGCUUUGUUUCCAAAGAAUUCAUCAGAGAGCCCACAACUGUCCUAGAUUUAAGUGAUAAGGACAUUGAUAAAGCUAACUCCAUUGAGAAUGACUCAGAUGAGCUGUUUAUAGAUCUAGACAGACCUCAGAGUAAUGGCAGUGAAGUCACAGGAACUUCAGGUUCUAUUGCUGAGAAUGGAGUUAGUUCCUCUAGUGCAGCUGAAGAAACUCAGAGACAGCCAACAAACCUGGAUUUUCACAAUGUGGCAAACUCGGUGGACGAAGGCACUUACCCAAAUUCUACUGCCAGUGAUUGUAAACCAGAAUGUGACUCGCUUGGGACACAAAUGGCUAGCAGUACAACAUCAAAACUUUCCUCAUGCUCCUCGUCAAAAGCUUACCAGUGGAGUCACCAUUUUGUUAACAAUAGGACGUUGAACUUGGCUUUACCCCGUAUUGUGGUUCUUUCCAGGGCUACUUAUAACCUCUUGGCUUCUCAUAAAAAUGGACAAUCUCCCUCUACAAUUUCUCUCUUGCCCCAUGCUGAUGUGAGCUGGUCAAGAUCAUUAAGACCUAUCCUUUCUAAAGACUUGAGCAGUGAAGAACAGUCACUUUACUACAGACAGUGGACAACAGCCAGACAGCACCAUGCUGAUUUUGUGAACUCAAGUGAACCCACAGGAACAAGGACUGUUCAUCCACGUCGCCUACUCUUGACUGGACCCCCGCAGGUUGGAAAAACUGGUGCCUACUUGCAGUUCCUUAGGAUCCUGUACCGUAUGUUGAUUCGCCUUCUGGAAGUAGACGUUUAUGAUGAACAGGAAAUAGAUGCAGCAGAUGUGGUAAAAGAUGAAGACCAAGAACCUGGAACAGAAAAUGAGCUUUGGCCAGACAUUGAAGCUUUUUGUAACCUGCCCUUUGACAUAACUGUUCACGAUCCAAAAUACCGGCACAUAAGCCCUCUUUAUACUGGGAAGAAUUUACUAAUUAAACAAGAAUCUUUAGGAGUACAUACAGAUGAGCCCCGGAAGCGUAAAACGGUUUCUGUGAUGCUCACAAAAUAUGCAUCGUACAACACUUUCCAUCACUGUGAGCAAUGUCACCAGUAUAUGGAUGUUAGCUCCACCUCUCAGACACCGGAAUCUACUAUUCAUGCGUUCACAUUCUCAUCUUCAAUGCUUGGAGAAGAGGUUCAGCUUCACUUCAUUAUUCCAAAAUCCAAAGAGCAUCAUUUUGUGUUCAGCAAACAGGGCAAGCACCUCGAAAGCAUGCGACUCCCCCUUGUGUCUGAUGCACAAAACACAAACAUGGUUAAAAGUCCAAUUUUCACCCCAUCCAGUGGACGUCAUGAGCAUGGUCUGCUAAACCUUUAUCAUGCAAUGGAAGGAAUCAAUCACUUGCAUAUUAUGGUUGUAAAGGAAUAUGAAAUGCCACUUUACCGAAAGUACUGGUCCAACCACAUCAUGCUAGUACUUCCUAGCAUGUUUAACAAUGCUGGGGCUGGAGCUUCCAGAUUCCUUAUUAAAGAACUGUCUUACCACAACCUGGAGUUGGAAAGAAAUCGCAUGGAAGAACUGGGAGUAAAGCGGCAAUGCUUGUGGCCACUUAUCUUAAUUAUGGAUGACUCAUGCGUUUUAUGGAACGUCCAUAGCAAGGUUCCAGAGCAGUCAAGCCAAUCAAUAGAGACUGACUAUGGGGCUAGAAAUGUGUCCCUGAAGUAUGUUAUACAACACAUGGAAGCUACACCAAAAAUAACUAGCUAUGCAAUGCUUGGCCUUCAGAAGUGGAAUAGCAAGUUAAAUUCUUCUCCACCUAAGCGCCCAUUCUCCAGGUGCCAUAUUCACGACUUCAUACUGCUCAACGUAGACCUUACCCAGAAUGUGCAAUAUGACCUUAACAGAUAUUUCUGUGAGGAUAUAGACUUUAACCUUCGAGCCAACAGUGGGGGGCUGCUGAUCUGCCGCUUCAACAACUUCAGCCUCAUGAAAAAGCACAUUCAUGUGGGAGGACAUAAGGACUUCAUUGUUAAGCCCAAAGUUAUGAUCACAGAAAUCACUGCCCCUAUUUUUCCUAUGCAGUAUGUGUGUGCCCCAGACAGUGAGCAGACACUCUUGGCUGCACCUGCUCAGUUCCUCCUUGAGAAGUUUCUUCAGCACAGUUCUCCCAAGCUGUUCCCAAAGGCUCUUCAUAAUCCAAGGAACCCAUUACUGGCUGUAGAUUGCUACUUAAAUUUAGGAUCUGAGGUGUCUCUUUGUUAUGUGAGCUCCAGACCACACUCUGUGAAUGUGAACUGUGAUGGAGUAGAUUUCAGUGGUCUCCUCCUCUAUUUGUGUGACUCCUUUGUGUGUGCACCAAUGCUGAAGAAAUUCAAGUUUCUUAAAGGUGCCACUCUCUGCGUUAUUUGUCAAGACAGGAGCUCCCUCAGGCAAACAAUUGUACGAUUGGAGCUUGAAGAUGAAUGGCAGUUUAGACUGCGGGAUGAAUUUCAGACUGCGAACAGUAUCGAUGAUAAACCACUGUAUUUCCUUACUGGGCGACACAUUUGAGCUGCAAGGAAAAUAAUUUUAUAAUGUGCCGAGAUUAAGACUCGACCCAGCUUGAAAUGGAUCAUGUGCAAAUGACUUGGGGGUAAUAUAUGAAUACUUGGACUUGCCUUGUUAAGAAGAAGCUGUUCUCCUGACAUGGAUAUUUAUGGACCAUUGAAGUCUGCAGAGCUGUUACCUGGCUGGCUUUUAAAGGUCUUUUUAAGUAAGAUACUUUGGACUUUAAAGUUCUUGAUCACAGAAUCUCUUGAAGACUUUUUCUCAGGGGUUCAUUAUUACCAAAAAUUGGACAGGGGCACAAUCUCUUCCUGUGUCAUUGUUGAUAAUUUUAUAUUGUGAACAAUAUUUUUUUCAAUCAAUCAUGUCUGAGUUUGUCACAAUUAAUAGUCUACUAUUCACAUUUAAUUCAGGUUGCUCUUUACUAAAAUCCACUGUGAAGUCUGCACCAAAUUACUGUCCCUUAUGUUGCAUUCUGAUAUGUUGGGAGAUAAAAUUACUUACUAUUAAUAAGGCAUUAGAAUUUAUAUAGUAAACCCUUCGCCAAUUGGCACAACAAAACAACCAACAUCCAGCCAUGGAUAGUUGCUAAAGGUAUUAAUUCUGUAGUAUGACCCCUUUAUCUGGCUUCUAAGCUCUGCUUCUUAGCCUUUUUUAUUUCAGUUUUUUCCUAAAUA